UAUUAGCUGUUAAAUUGAAGCGGUUUUUAUUAGUCUUUAAUUUCUUGUAUGUGUUUUAAUCAAUGUCAACGAUAAAAGAGGUUUUCAUUUGUGUCUUAAUAUUUUAAACACUAUUGACCAAUAGAUUUCUUUACUUUUAUUUUAACAAAUGGAACCUGCUACGGACACAGAAGAUUGCCCCUCAAACAAUGAAGGUUCAGAAGCAGAAGUCGAUAAACAAGAUGACAGUGAUGUGACUUUAAGACAUAGAAAAAUCAUGGAUUGUGCUAAGGAAACAUUUGAGUCAGCAUCACGUAUGCUACGUCGCAAGAUUCCAUGUACAGGGCAUCUAAUGACUCCUCGGAGAUUGUGGAUUCAGACUAUACCUACCCAUGAGUGUGACGUAGUGUUGAUGUUUCCCUCGGGAGCUCAAGACUUCACAUUAAUGUGGUUGCUGUCUCGACUGCGGGCUGGCACGCCGGGACUCGUGGUACAUGUGCGCCACCAUUCAUCAUCAGAUAGCUACGGUUUCUACCUUACGGCACCAUUUAAUGUGUUAAUGAAAGCUGCAGAAGAACUUCAUCUUCCCAAAGCUCUGCGGGCAGAGUUUGGUGGCGGACUUAAGGAGUUUGUUCAGGCAGAGGUUGACUGUUUUGAGGGAACAGAAGAGCCAGAUCACUUCUUCACCACACAAGAGCGUCAGUGGCUAGUGCUACACCUCCUACAGACACUGAGAGCUACGGAGGGAGACGCCAUCGCAGGACUCAAACUGAUCGAGGGACAAGCCAUCGUUCCAAAGUGUCUUUCUGCUGGAAUCAUAGCACAAGUUUUCCCCCUCCAUGAUCUUGAAGCCCUUCGUAAGCUGCGGAACACAUGGGUUCGAUCAUUCACCAGGACUCAACCUCUCGAUGAAGUAAGCACCUACUUUGGUGUCAAGAUUGCCAUGUACUUCGCAUGGCUUGGUCAUUACACCACAGCUCUCAUUGUGCCUGCUAUUGUUGGAUUUACGUUUUGGAUUGGAUUCGGUCGAGGUGACCAAGCCACUGAGGAUGUCGGGUUUGUUCUGUUUGCGUUCUUCAACGUGCUUUGGUUCAGUGUUUACCUGGAGGCAUGGAAGCGCUACUGUGCUGAGUUGGCGUACAAGUGGGGCACACUAGACCAGCGAGAUGAACUACUGCAGGAGCCUCGACCACUGUUCUCUGGGCCCUUAGAAGUAAGCAAGGUAACUGGAAGGCUUGAACCCACUUAUCCUGCGUGGAAGCGUAACGUGUUUCGUUAUUUCGUCAGUGUGCCUGUGAUAGCACUUUGCCUUGUCUGUGUCUUCAUUGUUAUGAUGCUCAAUCUCAAACUGCAGGAUUGGUGGGACAGACAGAUAGAAGCACAAGGAUAUGCAUUCUGUCUGAGCUACUUACCCAAGAUUAUGCUAGCCAUUGGAAUCACAUUGCUGGAUGAGGCGUAUUACAAAGUAGCUUGUUGGCUCAAUGACAAAGAGAACUACAGACUAGAUACGAAGUACGAGAACCAUCUUAUCGCCAAAGUGGCCGUGUUCCAGUUUGUAAAUUCUUUUCUCUCCCUUUUCUACAUCGCAUUUUAUCUUCAAGAUCAAGAAAAAUUAAAAGAGCAACUGGCAGCACUGUUGAUAGCAAGACAGGUGAUUGGCAAUGUGAAGGAGUCAGCUCUGCCUUACCUGCUGGAGCAACUGCGACUGGCCAAGAUGAGCUUUGACCUGUUUGGAGCUCUCAGUCCGAGUGAAGCAAAGCGCGAACCACCCGGCACUGAGCAAACUGAGCAAAGCAAGUCUACCAACCGCAACGUCAGUCAGGCUGAGCUGGAAAGCUCUCUAUUCAAGUACGACGGCACGUUUGCUGAUCACCUUGAGAUGUUCAUACAACUUGGCUACGUGGUGUUGUUUUCGUCUGCGUUUCCACUCGCCGCGCUGUGUGCGUUUAUCAACAACCUGGUUGAGAUACGCAGUGAUGCAUUCAAACUAUGUUUCAUAUUCCAGCGACCGUUUGGGCAAAGAGUCCCCAACAUCGGCACAUGGCAGAAUGCCAUGGAAGCGAUGGGACUGAUAGCUGUGCUGGUCAACUGUGCACUGAUUGGUCUCUCGGGUCCAGUACAUCGCAUGUUCCCUGAGAUGUCCACCACACAAACCAUCCUUCUCAUCGUUGCCUUAGAGCACACCAUGUUGAUCCUGCGACUGCUGGUUACUUCUGCCAUUCCUGACUUGCCAGAGUGGGUGGCAACGGAGAUGGCCAAGGUAGAGUUUGCCCGUCGUGAGGCGCUGCGUAGACUGUCCACAGCAACUCCGCAGCAGUCCACUCCUCCGCAACCUAACCAGCUACCUAUUGGCAGGUUCGUAGUAUCACCUGCGACGGAAGAGAUCGAAGUGGCACCGGAGGAGGAGGCGGAAGAGUUAGACACAGAAGAGAUAGCUGCGACUGUUGUAGUAGAGGAACCUCCUCCACCCUUACCUCAGGACCCCCCCACCCCACUCACCCCUCCACCAGCAGUCCCUGCAGUGCCUCCGUCCAUCAGGCGGAUCCAUCGUGAGUGGCUGGCGGCCGACGCUGAGGCUGCUUUGGGUCAUCAUGUCACUAUAGGACCCAGCGGGGGAGUGGAAUGGGUACGAAGGCUAGGACUGGAGGGAGUGCGCAAGACCAGCGAGCCUGACAUGGGUUGUAGCAGUGUGGUACACCGCAGCACUGACUGUAUAGCGCUGCAGCAUAAGGUACAUUGUAAGGACGGAGUGGCCAGCAGUAGUGACAGUGAUCUGCUACGUAGUGUCCCACCCUGGGCCCGUCGUACUGGUGGAGGUAGUCUCAGUACAGCUCCACAAGUACCUCCGCCCCCUCUACCCGAGCCGUCCACUUCUGACACCACUGCCUGUGACAAUGACGCAGCCACACUGGCAGCUAAAAAACAGAAGGCUAAACAGACAUUCAUGAAGAGGGCUCGGAGUGUCGCAAUCUUCUCUCUGAAGCUGAAGGAGCGGAGAGCUAAGGAAGCAGAGGGGGGAACUAAGAGUAAAGAGAAAGAGAAACCUUCCCCUAGAACUCCCAUAGAGCCUACACCUGUCCCUAUGGGAGAGCUCUCUUAUAUUCCUAUAGAGAAACUCAUACACCUUGACGAUGUCAGGAAAAAUAAGUAGUGCCUCACAAACAUAUCCGUCUCCUUUAUUGGUGAAAAGGUAUUUUUUUAUUGAUAUUCCAAACUAUUCAUUGAAACCUGCAGGAUUUUUCCCUGAUUUGACCAAUGUUUAGGCCUACCAAAAAAAUAUUAUUUUUCAGAAUGGUAUUACGACCUAAUGUUGACUUUUAUUUAAAACAGAUAUUUAGAAAUCCUUCUUAAGAUUGUAAGAUUAUUAGGGUGAAAUAAAACUUCCAAAUUUGUUGGUCUUCCGUGUAACGAAUUAAACCUUAUUUUUCUAAUUAAGUAAAUUGUUACAUUAAUCUAAAACCAUUUACAUCGACAGCAAGAAUGAUCCUGAACUUAAGUAUACUGAGUAAAGCCGUUGUUAGCAAUCCUCACUGCAACUACUAGUAUCACUAUUAACUAGAUCAAAUAGAAUACUAAUGGUUAGUAAUUUUUAAUGUGUGAUCCUUAUGAUCACAGAGUAAAGCAGUCUGUGUAUUUUAAGUCUAAAACUGUAAAAAAAACAACUGUUUGUUUACCAUUAUGUUACAAAUUGAUACAUUUUGUAGUUGAUGUAAUUUUAAGUUUUUUUUAUCAGUCCACUUUUGUGUGAG